UUUUAUUAAAAAUAUUAAUUUAUACAAAAUUAAUUUUGUUUUUUUUUUUUUUUUUUAUGUACCUACAGAAGAGUGCAUGCCAUAUUUAAGAUCACAUUCUUCAAUUUUAAAAAGGGAAGUGGAUUUGGAUAUAAAAUUGGAUCUAGUUUGUACAUUGGAGAAGUCAAAAUUAAAAAUUACAAAUACUUAUUUUUAUAAUUUAGGCAAGAAAUUAAAAAAAUUGAGGAAAAACCAGAACUUUUUGGUAAAUACUUUUAUUGACAAAAUCGAUAAAAAAUCGUAUAUAUCUGUCAAAUCUUAAAAUAAUUCUGUUGAAUGGAUUAUAUUAUAUUUUACUCAACCUAAAUGAUAUUUUAGAUAUAAGGAAUAGAAAUGCAAAACAAGUAAACAUUUUAAAAUUCCAUAGUUUUUUUUUAAUGUAUAUAAUUAUAGUAGUUUUAUAAUUGUUAUAAUAAUAUGGAUUUGUAUAUGGAUGAUAUUACACUGAAAAUAGAAGGGUACAGGGCACUGAAAUAUUAUAUGGUAGUCGGUGGGUAUUUAUUUGCGUGACACUAAUUAUUAUUUUAUACUUAUAACUAUUAUAAUAUAUAAUAAUUAAUAAACUUCUCAAUCGAGGAGUUUUUUAGUAAAAUAAAUAAAUAUGUUUUCCUAGUCUAUUUCACAUGACCCGUGGACUCCAGUGGUCUUUUGCUCUGUAGUAUCCGUAUUUUUUUAAGUUUUUCUUGGAUAUCACAUGCGAAAAAAUAAUUACUUAUUGUCAACAGAUGACCGAAAGAUACAUAUUGACAUUUAUUAUACAUAACUGUUCUUGAUAUUAUGAUGGACGUUCGAGACGAAAAUAACUAUGUUUUCAACAUUCGGUUGGCUAGACGUAUAGGUUUAUAUCAAAUUUUGGAUUCUAAAACUAUUAAAUAUCGCGGAAAAAAUGUCUACCACAUUUUUAUUGCAUUCAUUGCACUAUAUUGGUGUGUUAUUUUGAUUGUGUUCAGUGUUAGUAGCGUGCACUAUUGGACGAACAACAUGACCAUAAGCAUAGACUAUUUUUGGAAAGCGGAAAACACGUUGUUCAUAAUAUACAAGAUGUGGAUCGUUAUAUAUCACUCGAACGACAUAUGGAACUGUCUGUCGAUCACUUGGUACGGUUUCACAUCAUCAUUUAGCUUCCAGAAGAGACAUAUACUGGAUCGUUGGCGAAAACGUUCGAUGAGUUUCUCGACUUUGUUUGCCUUCACGUAUUUUUUUGGCUUGACCAUUUUCGUAGGACUCACACAGAUAUUCCGUAAUGAUACAACACCGGUGAAAAAUCGCGACGGUUCGGUCGGAUAUUACCGACAGAAUAUUAUGAAUUUUUACAUAAUUGUAUCUGACGAAACGUACAAUACAUAUUAUAAUACGUUUUUCUUUGCCGAAGCGUUGUUGACCGUCUCUCUAGCAACGUUCUUCCUCUUAUUCGAUAUUCUUUUGGUUACACUGUGUUUUGCUAUUUGCGGUCAGAUGGAAAUGAUUAAAUCUGAUUUUGAAUCAGUUGGACAUAAAUCGAUUCGCGGACCUCGAUCCCCAAUUGAUUAUACCGUGGUUGAAAAAAAAAGGUUAUCUAACAAACACGAAUUAAUUUACAAUGAACUAAAAACAAUUAUAGUGGAUCACCAAAAAGUUAUGAAGAAAUAUGAAGAUUUUUUAGCUCUAUUUGGAAAACCAAUGUUGUUCCAGAUUUUUAUUUCAUCAUCAUCACUCAUUUUAAGUUGGUGUAUUUUCAUAACAAGUUUAUAUGACGCAAAUUUAUUUUUAGCUACAAAGGUUACAGCAAUCAAAAUGAUAUGCCAAAUUUUUUCAUAUUCCUUUCAGAUAUUUAUGAUGUGUUAUUUAUUUGGAAAUUUACAUAAUCAAAAAGAUUCAAUAAUAUUUUCAUUGUACAGCAGUAAUUGGACUGAAAUGGAUAUGAAGUACAAAAAACUAAUAUUAUUAACGAUGAAAGUAAAUAAUGCCCACUAUAAAAAGUUAAGAUUCACUAGAACAAAUAUUGUAAACUUGGAAAUGUUUUUUAAGACAAUGGGUAAUUGCUACACAGUUAUUUCAGUUUUAAUAAAGCAGAUUAAAUCAAAGAAUGAAUGAAUUUUUUUCUUUUUUUAAUUUAAUUUAGUUAAGUUUUUUCUUAUGGAGCUCUAAUAAUUAGAUUUAUUUAGUUAUAUACUUA